CGUAUUUCAAAACUCUGUUCAUUGACGGAGUUUUGAGGCUAUCUACUCGCCGUUACCCGACAGUUAAAUGAAAUAUAAUAAUACUUGGUCUUCCAUUUUGUUAGGUUUACUUAGUCGGAGCUCGGAUUACAUUGCUAGGGAAGCAGUAGGAAGAUCAAUGACAACCCUCUCGAAGUACAAAUCGAUGGGAAUUGGGGAAUAGCGUGAAGAGGUGGUGAUUGUCCGUGCACUCUAGUCAGAUUUGCUGGGUUGUUUUGGCGUGAAGUUGGUGGUAUAUAGACCUAAAUUAAAAUCUUAAUUAGAAGAUGGCGGAUUGUCAGGUCUCUCCGCCUGCUUCUAUUGGGAUGCAAGACAAGGGUAGUGGGGUAAGGUGUAUGGAGGAGAUAUUUGAGAUAGAGGAUGAGAUAGAGCAUGAGAUAGAGGCUGGUGUCGAACCUCCUUGUGAAGAUAAAACUGGUGUAAUUGUACCCUUUGUUGUUGGUAAUCUCACUCUAGUAAAUGACCAAGUAGUGCGUUGUUUAUCCCCAAUAAAAACUGUUGAUACAGUACAAACUUUUGUGGCUAAUAAUCGUGUGAGUGUAGUGAGUUAUGUUGAAGCACCUAAGAUUGGCAUGAUCUUUAAGAGUUGGCAAGACGUCGAAGCAUAUUACUAAGAGUAUGCUGAGCAAUAGGGUUUUGGUGUUAGUAGGGUACAGGGGAUGCUUUCCAAGAAAAAAGGGAAAAUCAGAUUUCUACAACAUGGAGGUGUGAGUGUUAUGAGAGAUCUGAUAUGAGGGCACAAAGGGAAGCCAAGAAAAGGGCAAAGGAGAUGGGGAUGAGUGGUUUAGGAGGUGUAGUAGGUGGUGUGGUGAGCGAGGAUGAAUUGAGUCGCAGUAAAAGACAUUCUAAGAAGUGUGAAUGUAAAGCUAGGGUUUAUUGUGCUGGGUAAUGGGUAAUAAGGAGAGUUGAGUUAGAAAAUUCAAGGCAUACACCAAAUCUUGAGGAUGUGAAGCUUGUGAAAGAGUAUUGAAUGAAGAGCUUUACAUCAAUAGUUAGGAGGAAGUUGUUGAAUUUUUUUUAUGAAGGUGUUCUUGUGUCCCAAAUUCAUGGCUGCCUUGGCACCGAGAUUGAUGGGUGUGAUACGUGGUCAUUUACCGUUAAAGAUCUACAGCAUAAGGUGUAUAAGAGCAAAAGGUUAAAAAUGGCAGGAGGUGAUUCAACCGCAAUGAUAGCAUACUUUCAACAAAUGCAAGCAGGGAAUCAAAUUUUUUUCCAUUUACAACGUUUGGAUAAGGAUGGAAGGUUAAAAGAUGUGUUGUGGGUGGAAGGUUAAAAGAUGUGUUGUGUGCUUUGAUACAACGUAUUUGACAAAUGAGUAUGAUCUUCCAUUUGUCAACUUUGUGGGUGUUAAUCACCAUGGGCAGUCACUUCUGCUAGGUUGUGCUUUGGUAUCCCACGAGGAUAGUGAAACCUAUAGGUGGGUGUUUAGGCAGUGGUUGGAGUGUAUGAAUUAUGUAGCACCUAAAGCAAUCCUCACAGAUCAAGCUGCUUCCAAGCGUAGGCCACUAGAGGAGGUCAUGCCUAAUACACGACACCGAUGGUGCAUUUGGCACAUAAUGAGAAAGAUUCCUGAAAAACUUGUAAAUGUGACAGGUUAGGAACUUUUGUUUCCAUUGGUGGUACCUGUUAAGUAAUAUGUUGUUAGUGAUGUGAUGUUUUCAAUAAUUUUAACCAAUGCAUUUAUUUGAUAGAUACCAAGAAUUCAAGAGCAAGUUGAAGGCCAUUGUCUAAAAGAGCUUUACAAUCCAAGAGUUUGAGAGUCGGUGGUGUGCCCUAGUUGGCAUGUAUAAGCUGGAAAAAAAAUGAGUGGCUUAUUAGCCUAUAUAAGGAACGACAUAUGUGGGUUUCGGCUUUCAUGAAAGAAUGCAAUUGGGCCGGCAUGAAGACAACCUAACAAUUUGAGAGUAUUAAUAGUUUUUUCGAUGGAUUUGUCAAUCGACAUACAAAAUUGCAUGAAUUUCCUCUGAAGUAUUCUAAGGCUAUGGAGAAGCGGGUUCGAGCUGAGAUAGAAGCCGAUGCAAAAUGUUCAAAGUACAUCAGAAGGGUUGUGAGUGAUUUCGCGGUGGAAAGCUUUUCUAGAAACUGUACACCGACACCAAGUUCCAAGAGGUGCAAACAAAAUGUAUGUGGGCGAAUUAUGUACUGUUAUCCUCGGGAUGAGAACAUAAUAUCAAAUAAUCUAAUACAAUAUGUGCUGGAAGACCGGGUUUGGGUUGUUCCCGAAGGCAAAAGUGAAGAAGUGUUGGCUGAUCGGCGAAGGUUUUAUUCAGCGACGUACAACCCGGAAACAAAAGUGGUAUGUGUCGACAGUCGAUUAGGAUUCUUGACUUGAAUCAUGUUGCGAACAUCCCUCAAUGUUACAUCUUAAACCGGUGGCGUAAGGACAUAAUGAGGAAGGAUACAUGCGUGAAGGUUUUUUACCAUGAUCCCAACAAGACGUUGGAGGUGAAAAGGCAUAAUAUCCUCAUGAACGUGUUUAAGCCCAUUUGUGAAGAGGUUGCAAUGGUCGAUGAUCCGACAGUGGGAAUGGUGUUGAAUUGUCUUGAGAACCUUAAAACCGAGGUUCACAAGUGUAGUAAGCGGAAGCUAGACCAAACUAUCCCAUGUACUAAUCCUGGAGAUGGUGCUGAAACAAUUGACUUGAGUUCAGAUAAUAACUGCAACAACUCAUCUGUGAAAAAGGCUUCUCCUUCAAAGGAUAAUCCACAUAAAGAGACUGGUUUAAAUGAGCAAUGCAAUGCUGCAGUUAAAAACCCGGUGCCUAAGAAGAAGGGUUGCGGAAGGCCAAAGGGUUUGAGGAAUAAAGCUAAAGGAGCUAAAGUUGGGUUUAAGAAGCGAAAUGGGAAGAAGCAAACUCUCCCUUGUAGUCAACCAGAGGAUGUUGCUGAAUGGACCAACUCAACCGUGAAAAACUGUACUCCCUCUAAGGAAAUUCCACACUCAGAUGAUGGCGGUUUAAAUGGGGAUUGUGAAGCUGCAGUUCCAGACACAGUCCCUAUGAAGAAGGGUCAUGGAAGGCCAAAGGGUUCAAGGAAUAAAGGACUUGCAGCGAAGAAGGUUUUUAAGAAGGUGAUAGUUAUGUACUUGAUUAUUGUUGAUUGUAAAUGUUAAAAAUAUUGUUUAAAAUAAAAGUGACAUUUAAUUGAAACAUGUAAAAUAAGUAAGAUAAUUAUUCUUGCAAAUUCAACAAUUACAACAAUAAAUAUAACAUGAAAUUACUUCACCUGUAAAAAUUGACUGUACUAAACGAUCCAAUUAUCACGU